UCGGGCGUGCCGUCGAACGCACGAUUUCGAGCGAGAGCCUUAAGAGACUAUAAUGUUGCUAAUGAAAUAUGAUUCGUCAAAGGAACUAGCCCUGAUUCGAUGAAUAAACACGACACAAUGCCAGGAGCUCAGUAUUAUGACGGCAAAAAGCUCAACAUCCCGAUCAGCUAUAAAAUGGGCGUUGAUCUGAUUGAACGAUGGGUGAUGCAAAGCAUCAGCAGCAUAAUGUCUUCGAUAGCUAGCGAACGGUUGAUACUGUUUCAAUUAUCACUCCUAUACCAUUUACAGCUAUCAGUUGAACUGCUUCACGUAUCCAUUCAAUUCAAAAAAGAUUCCAAAUUCAGAAGUACCCACCUGAACGAAUUCCACCGCAAUAAGCUGUUCAAAUGCAGCAAUCGAGCAGCGAAUCUCAACGAACACGCCAAAUGCGUCGUAAAUGCAAUGGAUGCACGCACCAAACAGACCAAUACAUCAAAUCUGAUCGCAAGGCGAUUCCAUAAAUUAAAAGAACUGACCAAAUCGCAUGGGAUGAAGAAUAUUUUCGUGAGUUUAUUGAAACCACGUGAGGAACAUGAAGACAGUCAGACCGUAAGAAAGUCAAAAGUAACGAAACGUGAAAUUAAAAGGAAGAUAAACUAUAGUCUACUAACAGAAAACGAUCGAUUAACACCAUUCGGUAUCAUCGGCAAAUAUUUCAGUCGUACGGUAUCACGACUCAAAAAUAAGAAUGUCCAUCAAUCAUGGACAAAUGUGAUGUCAGAUAUUGAAAACAUGCAGAGGAAAUUUCAAAAAAUACAUUCUUUCAAAGAGCUAUUGGAAAGCAGGUUCGGUAGACUUGGAAAGUUGGCAAAGGAUGUUUAUAUGGAACGAUUGAAAUCCAAGGAGGAGAAAAAAUCGACUGAUGGAACAUUUCAAAACAAUGUUGAUGUGGCGAAUGAACUCAUUAACGCAGAGAAUACGGAAGCAAAACGUUUAUUUCAUAGAGCAAUGCAGUUAGCGAUGAUUAUAUCCGGAAGGAACGGCACCGAAAUUCAGAACAAGACCUUCAAAAUUGCUUCACCACGCUUGUUUUCAGUCGUUCCGGAUGAUGCUAACAAUACGUUAUCUAUAUUCUCACCAUCGUUAUUCAGCUUACAUGAGCACGGAAAAGCUUCUGAAGCAUUAUUCAGUUUACCGAAUAUCACCAGAACACUAAAAAACAACGACUAUGAAGAGUGGAUGAAUGUUGCACUGGAAAUGUCUGGAGUGUCGGAUGUUAUCAAGCUUAUUGAGGAGAAGGGAACGGAUCGAAUCUUUCUCAACUUGGAGAAAAUGCCUCGUGGCAUCGAUAAUCAACCACUGUAUUUUACAAAAGAGAAUUUAACUGAUAUCAGUGGAGAACAAGCAAAGAAGAAAGUAGAGCUAUUCGAAUCGAUAUCGCAACAACUCACAAGAAAACAGGUUCAUUUUUUGUCAACUCAGAAAUUCUGUGAACGCUCAUACGUUUUUUUGAGACACAACUAUGAGAUAAUGGAUCGUAUAGUACAGUGCUUCCAUAGGGGUGAAAUUACCCAUUUUGGCUGUGAACUGUAUUUGUUAUUUCAGUUGAAUGAUUUCAAACGCAAAGGUUACUCCGUGUUGAACAACGAACAACUGCAGUUCGUCUACGGUCAAAACUCACCAUUUAACGAUACGAACUCGCUAAAUCGUUUCUCGAAACUCUCUGAAGCGGAUAUCUAUCGUCAGUUGGAUUCGGAUAUACGUUAUUAUGCCAAUAAAUCACCACACAUCAAGCGCCACAAACGUCAGCUAGAACAAUUACCAGCUUUUGUUCUUUCGCCGAUAGUCUUCUCGGUGGCCAUCAAUCAGAUAUUCUCAUCGACGAUCCUCUCGCCUGUCCUCCUAUCAGUCGCCGUUUUCAGCCCCUCAAUUCUUGGUCCCAUCAUUCUAAGCCCGUGGCUCUUUAACCCAUCCAUACUUUCGCCGCAUAUAAUCGCUCCAACGAUCCUCUCCCCCUUUGCACUAUCACCAUACGUGCUCUCACCCAUCGUGAUGCGACCCGUCAUUCUCGCACCACAAGUUUUGAAUCCUUACAUCCUCGCGCCCAACGUCCUAUCCCCAUAUAUACUCUCACCAACCGUUCUAUCGCCUCUCAUUAUAUGUCCUUACGCGCUAAGCCCAAACAUCUACCAACCGACCGCAUUACGCGCUUUGGUACUCAGUCCAUUCGUCUUAUCACCAUCAGUAUACUCGCCAUCAUACCUUGUACUCACACUGCUCUCACCAAAUGCCUUUUCACCUCGCAUUAAUUCAAACGGUUCUGGGAAUGCAGUUAUUCUUUCACCAUCUGCUUUCAGCUGA